AUGACAUCGUGCUUAUAUGUAACACCCGACAUCGAGCAGGCUGAACAAAUGUUGGUCGAAUUCGAUAACGCUUGCGUAAAGGUCGAACAACGGCUGAACCUAAAGAAGACGAUGUUCAUGCGAAACGGAUUGGUACCUGAUGCUUCCUCCAUGCUGAACGGAACGAAAUCUCUGAUUGCUCUAGCUACGCGUAUCUAUUAA